AUGUUCUGUCGCAGAAAGGGCGUUCAAAAUGACUGCCUGCCGAUUUGUGCUGGAUCGACGGAGACCCUUGGCGUCCACUCAGUGUUGUGUCUCAAUCUAGACCUACAAGCCAUCUACCAAUGCCUUCGAGAGGGUUAUGAAUCUCAUCCAUCUCCUCCCGUAAACGUGACGGUCACUUCUGUAAGCGAGUCAUCAGCUGAAAUCACAUGGGCGGAGCCAGAUUCCAAUGCUCAUCUGGUCGAAACUUACACUUUGCUUAUCCGAAAGAUCGAACAUGGCGCGAGAGUGAGAGAGGUUCACAAUGCGGUCUCACCUCACACGGAAAUCGGCCUCGACCCAGACAGCGAAUAUUCGGUUUCGGUGAGAUCGAACUCGCAACGUGGUGCGUCACUGCCAUCUACCGCUGUUCUCUUCUACACGAAAUCGGACGCUCAUGGAGUCUGCGCAGUUGGAGAACCGUUGCUCAUCUCAGAGGGACGACCCUUCCUCUGCAGCUCAAGCCAUCCGUGUCCACUCGGAUUUCAGUGCACAGACGUCGAAGAUGAGGCUUAUUGCUGUCAGAAAGAAGGCGGAAACACGGACACUGAUUUCCAAGACUGCUGCCGCCAUCAGAACGUAUCGCCAGACUGCCAAUCAUCGUGUCGCUUCAAUACAACUCUUCCUGAAAACUGCCAACACGAUCUCAACAAGUGGGUGCAAUGUGCGUCCGAAGGUCGCGACCACUCACGAUGUUGCGAGAAGGAGGAAGUUCCAAAGGAGUGUCUCACUGGAUGCCGGCAUCCGUUUCAGGUCGCAGAUGUGUGCUUCCACUCCUUGUCGAAGUUGUCCACCUGCUUCUCAGCUCCUCAUGCAGGCUUACCGGCUGCGGUUCGACGGCUGAAGGUGACCGAAGUCACUCCAAAUUCCGCACUUCUUACCUGGGAGGACGCAGAUUAUGGAGUAACUGGAUACAAAGUCGAGGUGUUCUCUAACAACGCCUUGGUCAGCUCGUCUGACGUCGCAACGGAAAGCUAUCGACUUGAAAAUCUAACCCCAGCCAGCGAAUAUCGUGCUCGGGUAACGUCAAUGAACAGUCAUGGCAGCGGUCCUCCGUCAUUCAAUGCCACAUUCACCACCCUCCCUGCCAAAGUAUCGGACGGUGAUCGUCCGAAGGCCCCCGACGGUCUGAGCGUGGUCUGGAAUUAUGGAAAUCGUGUUAACAUUUCCUGGAAUCCAGUCACUACCAGAAUGGAUGAGAGUGCUGUCGCUGGCGUUGUGGCCUACACCCUUUACUAUGUGGAGGCAGAGAAAACUGGACAGUGGACGACGCUUCAAACGAACAACACCUGGGUGGUAAUGAACGAUUUGAAACGUGAUGCUCUCUAUUCACUGUACGUUAUGGCCACCGAAAAUGGCAAGACCAGCCGAAGUUCGUCCGUCGUCACCGUGCUUGCACAACCAGAUCUGCUUGGGUUACCUGAACCUGUUGUGAAAAUCACGCCGGAUCAUCUCGACGGUGUGUAUCUGCAAAACGACAAAAUCACCAUCAACUGCUCUGUGCCCGUCGAUGUUGUUAAGGGUCAUUUGAACAUCGACCUCAAUGCUGGAACACAUUCUGUGAGUUGCUUUUAUCACCCGGUAUUCAACCCGAACGUCUAUUUGAGUUACGAGGGCCAUCUGCAGGCAAGCAACGAUCACGGUGUGUCGUGGGUGGCGGAAGAAGUCGAAGCGGAUUCGUCGAUUGAUACAGUCACUUGUGCCGUCACAGACACGGAUGGUCGCCAGAAUGUUGCCAUGAGACACCUGCUUGUGAAAUUCGGCCCCGUUGCCAAGAUGGACAAGGAGAAGGUGCGCGCAUUUGAUGAUCAAUCAGCCGAUCUCAGCUGUACAGUCAAGGGUUUCCCAUCACCUGCGAUUCGAUUUGAAAUUGAUGGCAAAGCGGCAGAGGGAGAGACUAGGGUUAAGGUGGUCGCUAUGAAUACGUACAAAGCUACGCUGCAUUUGCGAAAUACCAAGGGUAAAGCGGGUGUCUACUCGUGUAUCGCUGAAAAAGACGGCAGCCAUUCGGUCGAUACCGCUGAGUUGAUCAUUUCUCGCGAGCUGCUUCCUGUGAAUCCCAGACUCAUCCUGUCAUGCUGUGAGGACGAGCACAUUGAAGGCGAUUGUCUGCAGGCUUGUAGCAUUGGAAAGGUAGCAAUAACCAGCACUGUCAGUCUCCUUUAUAAAGAGGCGAGGCUAUACGGUUUCAGACCCCGCCCUCCGUUGGAAACUGCUUCUCAGUAUGCUGCAAGUCUGCUGAAAUGCGCAACUGACUUCGUCGAUCACAGCGAUUGUUGCACUCUUGCAGGAGUUUCAAGCAAAUGCCUCCCGCUAUGUUCUGGAGAUUCCUUCUCGACUGAUGUUGACUGCACUCCUUACGCAGUUACAAUCAUGGAGUGUUUCGUAAGGGGACAUGAAGGAAGUCCGCAGCCUGUACGAAAUGUCGAGUAUGAAGUUAUCGGAAAAGGCUUGUUAAAGGUGAAAUGGGAUGACAGUGAUGCUGGUGACACUUACCGUUACUAUGCAGUGUACUACAAAAAGAGAGAUGAAGAAGGCGAAUAUAAGAUGGAAAAGCUCACUUCACGCUCUGUGGAGCUACAUAUCGAGCCUGACACAGCAUAUGAUAUCGGAAUUAUCUCUGCCAAUGCUUUUGGGCAUAGUCCACUGGUGUUCUUAGAUGUGCCAUCCACGAGCGUUGGUAGGGUUUUCAGCUUUCACUUGUUAACAAGUAAUGAAUUGGAAACAAACUCUUUAGGGCGAUCAAAGUCCUCGUCAGGCGGUUCGUCAGCAUUCUUCAUCUUCUUGCUCCUUCUCUGUUGCGGUUUCGUUAUUAUUGGAAUAAUCUAUCUUGGGAGAAGACGAGAUCUACCGGCACCAUUCGGGAAGCUCAUUCGACGACAGCAGCCGGCUCGAGGGCAUCCAACCGUUGCCUUCGAGAACCCCGCUUACGGAAUAAUCUAUCUUGGGAGAAGACGAGAUCUACCGGCACCAUUCGGGAAGCUCAUUCGACGACAGCAGCCGGCUCGAGGGCAUCCAACCGUUGCCUUCGAGAACCCCGCUUACGUGUCCGGUCACGAAGUGGAGAUUCGAGGUCUUGGCGGUGGUGGAACGGCAAAUGGUGAGGCUGAUUGGCAGAGUCAGGAUUUGCAGGCUACCGCUGGGCCAGAGGAGUACCGCAAUGGCAUGCGAUAUGCAAAACUUGAGUCAGCCUAA